GUUUUGUUUUGUUUACGUAUUCGACCCAAAUCCAUCGGCAAAUUUGCGUCGUUUGCGUGGCUAGUGAAAUUAUUUGAAAUUUAAUUAUACGAAUUAUUCGAUGUUUUCUAUUGUGAGUAAUUAGCGCAGCAGCAAGAAUGAAACCAGCUACGGCCAAGCUGCUGGAUCUCAGAGCCGACGUUCUUCGCCAAGUCGUACACGAGCGACAAAUGUUGGUGACACCGAAUUUGUUUUGCAUUGGUGGAUCUGUACGAUUCGCUAGAUUCCGCCUGAGAACGAAUCUUGGAAGAAUAUCUCGCAGUGUCCCUAUCAUGUUGCCAGUCGGUGGAAUUGCUGAGAUGAUGCACGGGAGUUUCAGAGUACCGGAUCUGGACGGGAUGCAGCUGAAAUUUGUCGCUGCCCAACCGGAACCUUGUCCAGCUGCCGGAAGCACCCCAGUUCAUCCUCCUCGAAUGACAGUUUCUUGGACAGCGAAGAAGAGGCACGGCGAUGUGAUAUCAAAGAACCCAGCGAUUGAAGCAGAAGAUGGAUGCUGCACGCGGGAAGCGACAACAAGUUUAAACUGUAAGCGGAAAACCGAGAUAAACUGUAGGAUCCAAAGUUGAAGAUCCCCUCGUGCCGACAGUACAGUGGUGAAAUAAAAAGGUGGUAAAAUUGCGUAACUGGAGAUGGAUAUCCUAGACGAUGAGUGGAAGAUUACCGAGCCGGAACGGCAGAACCGAAAAUACAAGAGCUUGCUCCAGAUUAUAAAGAAGCGUGAGAAGGCCAGGAAGUGGACAGGAUCCAGCUGUAUCAUAUGUCGAUGAACAGCAAAAACGAGGACAAGGAGUAUGCGGUGGUGGAGGAAAGAUUAAUGCCAUAGACUUAAUAUUGCUUUUUUCAUUGAAAAUUUUCCUUACCUCGCUGAGUUAUAUGACGUUUUCUCCCAGCGAAAGCUUACGCGAUACAGCAAAUCGUUAAAUUUCACACUAACACAGCAAAACAUUUGUCAACAAUAACAUAAUACACAUGCAUUUUCAGCGAAAUGCUCUAUUUGCAUGACAACAAUUCACUCCCACAGCUAACGGAUGACCGCCGUCAAAUAUCAGGAUUGCCAACUGUCCGGCGCUUGCUGUCAAAUCUCUUUGUCGCCGAAUCUGGCGCUGGGUCUUCGGCGCGGAAACCCAAAGGUGGAAAUAAAAUUUUGGGGUUUGCGCGCAAUAGUAAUGCUCCCGAAUGCAGAGCA